AUGAUCGUUUUCCUGCGUUUAAUCGACAACACGGCUGCGCGAUUCGGACUUCUGGACAUCGCUCGGUGUGGGGACUAUGGAGAUCCGCCACUGAUGAGGAUUUGGUGGACACAGUUCUUCGCGUAUCUAACGGCACUUACACUCAUGAAAGUGGUUGAUGUUUUAAUUCUCUGGAUCUUCUUCCCGGACAUUGCGUACUUUGCUACAAGGCUGUUUUCAACCUUCAAGCACCAUCGACACUUGGAAUUAUCUCUCGUGAUGCUCGUGAUCCCAGGAUGUUGCACUUCCGCCCAAUUUUGGAUCGUGGAUUCGUUUCUGAAAAGUGACGACAACCAACUCAAAGUUCUCGUAGCCGACAGUGAAAAACGAUGGAUCAGUCAAGAUGUCGUAGUAGGUUUACCACCGCCAUCAGUGUCUCAAGGUGACGAGUCUGUCAAAAGUGUUAGUCCACUUUAA